UGAUGCCGCAUACAGACAUGUGCUGCUACACUAUAGAACCGCAGUAACAUGAAUGUGAAUUAAACUGCAGUUCUGAAGAGAAUUGAACGUUUGCAGCUCAUUCCCUGAUAUAUAAAGUGGGGGGAGAGUAUGAGACUGACUGAAUUCCACCACCAGAGGAAUAAAUAGAAGAGAAGAGAAAGGUUUGAGAGACAUGUUGCAGUGCCGAGUGAAUUUCCUGGAUGACACCAACUUUGUGUGGGAGCUGGAGAGAAAUGCACUGGGACAGGAUCUCUUUAAUAAAGUUUGUGAACACCUUGACCUGUUGGAGAGGGAUUAUUAUGGUCUGGUCAUGUGGGAUUCUCCUAGUACCCGGGUAUGGCUGGACUGUGCCAAAGAGAUCCGAAAACAGAUAAAAAGUCCAGUAACUGAAUUCUUUGUCAGCAUCAAGUUUUACCCACCUGAUCCCUCCAUUCUAGCUGAAGACAUCACAAGAUAUCUCCUGUGUCUUCAGCUGAGGAAAGAUAUUCUGAUUGGCCGACUGCCCUGUCCACCAGACAUCCUGGCUCUGUUGGGUUCAUACACAGUUCAGUCAACAAUUGGUGAUUAUGACCCAAAUCUCCACAAGAACAACUAUGUCAGUGAAAUUGUUCUUGCACCCAAUCAGAGUGAAGAGUUGGAGGAGAGAAUAAUGGAGCUGCAUUCCACAUACAGAUUCAUGAAUCCUGCUCAAGCAGAUAAGCUUUUCCUUGAGAACGCCAUGGGGCUCCCCAUGUAUGGAGUAGACCUGCAUCCUGCCAAAGAUGUCAAUGAUGCAGAUGUGAUGCUCGGCGUUUGCUCUGAAGGACUGAUGGUAUAUGAGGAUGAGAUUAAAACAAAUAUAUUCCUCUGGCCCAGAGUUCUUAAAAUCUCCCACAAACGCAGCACCUUUCUUCUGAAGAUGCGCCCUUCUGAGCAGGAUGAGUUUGAGGGUGCCUUCAGCUUCAGUUUGGCCAACUACCGAGCCUGCAAACAACUGUGGAAAUGCUGUGUGGAACAUCAUAGUUUCUUCAGAAACAGACUUCAAGACAAAAAAACAAAAAGUCUCCUGACCUUGGGUUCAAGGUUCUGUUACCAUGGACGCACUCAGUCUGAGUGUCUGGAAGCCAGCGGCAACAUCACUCGGGCCCCUCCACGAUUCAGACGCUUUAUCAUCAAGAGAAAAGGAAAUGAAGAAAUUCUGGAUGUUUUAAAACAACCAAUUCGGACAGAGUUGGAUGACUGGUUCCUGGUCUAUGGUCCAGAUAAAUGGCGCAUUUCUACAUCAGAUGAUGUGAUGCUAGAAAGUGAGAAGCUGCAGGAGUGGAAGCAUCAUGUGGAUGAUUGGUGUGUCCUCCUUGACGGCAGCCCAUUUUUACUAUCAGGCAUCCAGCAGCCCCUUCAGACUGAAGAACAGAGAGGAGAUUUGGAAGUUGUGAGGGAGUCAGAAGAGCGGCUCACAGAUGAGCAUGUGAUAACACAAACAUAUAAAGUUCAGGUCAUCCAGGAGGGGUCUGACAUUAUUGAGAAAGAACUUCCUGAUUUUGAAUUAAAACAGGAAAUCAUGAAACCUCUAAAGGAGACACUCAAAGAAGAAGUACUAGAAGUCCAUAGAGAAAGAAUACAAAGGGUAGUAAUCACUAAACAGUGGACACAGGAGGUCAGCUCUUUGGUGGAAUCACAAGAAGAUGUAGACAAAAAGAUGGUGGAGAGGGUGGAGAUGUUAGAAAGAUGUGUAAUGAUCACCGAAAAGAAGACACUGGGAUCUGAGGACACUUUCGAGAGAAUGAAAAUCAUGGAACAGAGACUAGAAAAGGUGGACGCUAUCGAGCGAAAGCUAGUUGAGGUGGAAGAGCUGAGGUUUGGAUUACAGGAUGUGGAAAGUUUGGAACAAAGGUUGCAGCAAGUUGAGAAGGAGGAGCUUCAACGAGCAGAGACAGAUGAUUGGUACAUUUUACUAGAUCACAUGUCAUUGAUGCCUUCAGCUACCCCCACAGGAGGAGUUCAAGAAGAUUUGCAACAGAUAGUAUAUAACCCCAAACCAAUGAAGAAAUAUGACGAUUGGUACAUUCUAUUUGAUGUGCUUCCACAAACCAUGAAAAUAUCGUACCCCCUUCCAGAUGUGAGCAGAUUCGUUCCUGAAGAAGAUCAGGCUGAAGAAGAGAAGAGAGAGGUAGAGAGACAAAUUCAGCAAGAGCUGGUGCCACCAGAGAAGACAAAAACACAGACUAGAGAGGAGGUGAUUCAGAGCAGAGUGAAAACAGAGGAGGUCCAGAAAGAACAACACGAGCAGGUGACGGAGGAUUAUAGGAGACCACAGCCAGCUGUUCUUGAGCAGAGAGCAGCAGAGCCUCAAAUAGACAAAGAGGAUGACUGGUUUGUCGCUUUGGAUGGUUCUCCUAAAAGAUCAGUGUCCUCUGUUGAGAUGUACGAGGAGACCCGAGAGGAGGUGAUCCAGGCAAGAGUGAGAAUAGAGCAAAUAAAACAACAGGAGCAGGUGGAUUAUGGGAGACCACAGACAGUUAUUCUGGAGCAGAAGUCAACACAACCUCAAAGAGAUGUGGAGGAUGUCUGGUUCAUAAUUUUUGAUGUUUCUCCUAAAGAAUCAGAGCCCUUAGUGUAUUCACAGCUGCGAGGUCCAAAUAUUGAGCUGUUUGAGGAGACCAGGGAGGAGGUGAUUCAGAGCAGAGUGAGAACAGAGGAGCAAGUGAUUGAGGUGAUGACCGUGAGCGCUAAAGAACAAAUAAUAGUACCAGAGAGGAAGAGGACGAGCAUCAUACAAACCCCACAGUUUCCAGUCGUGCCCAGAGACAUCGAUGACGACUGGUUUCAGCUUUAUGACAAAGUGCCGUAUGAGCAGAAGAGUUUCCCUUCAGAGAUUCGUGUUGUGUCUGUGGCUCCUUUGGAGGCUGAAGAAAAGAGAGCUGUGGAGAGAAGGAGAAAAGAGGAGGAGCAGAUAAAACAACAGGAGCAGGUGACAGUGGUUUAUAAAAGGCCAGAACCUGUUAUUCUGGAGCAGAAAGCAGCAGAGCCUCAAAGAGACGUGGAAGAUGACUGGUUCAUCAUUUUUGAUGUUUCUCCUAAAGAAUCUGUGCCCUCAUCCCCACAACUGCAAGAUCCAACUGUUGAGCUGUAUGAGGAGACCAGGGAGGAGGUGAUUCAGAGCAGAGUGAGAAAAGAGGAGCAAGUGAUUGAGGUGAUGACCGUGAGCGCUAAAGAACAAAUAAUAGUACCAGAGAGGAAGAGGACGAGCAUCAUACAAACCCCACAGUUUCCAGUCGUGCCCAGAGACAUCGAUGACGACUGGUUUCAGCUUUUUGACAAAGUGCCGUAUGAGCAGAAGAGUUUCCCAUCAGAUGUCAGAAGCAGAGAUUUUGAGAUGAUUCCUGUCGGGGUUCAGGAGGUUGAUGAUGACUGGUUUGAUCUUUUGGACACAGCACCUCCUGAGAUGAGGAGCGUCCCUUCAGUUUCACUGGCUACUGAAGUGCGCAGGAUGAAAGAACAGGAAGACAGAAGAAUGAGACUGCAGCAGAUGAGAGUGAGAGAGGAGGAGGAGGAGAAGGAGGAGAAGAGACUAAGAGAACAGGAGAAGCGAAAACAAGAGCUGGAAGCCAGAAGAGCGCAACCAGCUAUUAUUGUGAAAACAGAAACACAGCCUCAGAUUGAAAAAGAUGACGACUGGUUCAUUCUUUUUGAUGUUUCACCAAAAGAAAUAAUUGUUGCAGAUGUCCUUAAAGUGGACAGGAGGGCUGAGGAAGAGAAGAGGAGAAGGGAAGAAGAGAGGAGGAAGCAGAUACAAAUAGAGGAAAGAACAAAAAAAACAGUACAACUGCGGACAGAAGUGGAGGAUGACUGGUUUAUCCUUAUGGGCGAUUCCCCUAAAGAUUAUGUUCCAACUUUUCGACCCACACCUGUUAUUUCCCCAGUGGCUCCGCCCAAACCCCGCCCACAGAUCCCAACUGACCAACCACUGACUUCCACUCCGACUGCACAACCUGUGUCCAUUACAAAAACCUAUCAGGAGAAGACAAAAGACAUUUGGAACAUCACACUGGAGUCUGAGUCUGAGAUCGAGCCGGUGCUUAUGAGGAAGAUAAGGAGAAGUGAAGGAGAGAGCGUCUAUAUUCGUCACAGCAUUCUGAUGCUGGAGGAUUUUGAUGUGUCCCAUGAGAUGAUUUUGAAGCACUACGCCAGCAUUACUGAACUUAAGCGUGACUUUAUGGAGGUCAAGCAAGAUUUCGGACCCACUGAAUGGGACAGACGUCUUUCGUCAUACUCACCUACAGCCAAAGCUCAGUUCCUGCAUGCCAAUGAAGAGAUACUCAUGAGAAUGGGCUUAACUGAAGACAAUGGAAAAACAGUCUUGUUUCGCCCACGAGAGCUAAUAUAUGUCUGAAUUUAAACAGUUUGAACUUUGCCUUUAAUCACUGCUGAAACAUUCAAGUAUGCGAAUGUGUUGAAAAACCAAAUGCUUUGCAUGUUUUAUAGAAUAUAAUCCUCUUUUGCAGUUUUCUUCAGUUUGAUCAAUCUAAUUUAACAUAAUUAUUUAUUUUUUUCUGCUUAUACCUAUUCAAUUAUAUUCAAAAGGAAUAAAAGCUGUCAUA